UUCGACAGUACCCGGAAGGCAGCGGAACUGCUCGAGCUAACACAGAUGACUCGGUCGCUAACCUAGCAACAGUAACGUUACAUGUCAACGAAGAAAACUGUUUGUACGCCUUUUGUCAACACAAACUCAUCCGACCAGCAGCGUAAUUCAGGAAAAUGAUUCCAGAGUUGUCCAACCCGUCCGUGCUUAUGAAGGACCCCCAGAGGGUCCAGGAGAUCCUUGAGUCCAUGGUGAAGGCUGGCUCCAACACCGUGCAGGUGAUCUCGGACUUCGACAUGACCCUGACACGAUUUGCAUACAACGGAAAGAGGUGUCCUACCUGUCACAAUAUUCUCGACAACAGCAAACUUAUCACCAACGAGUGCAGGGAGAAGCUGAAGGAGCUGCUCAACACUUACUACCCAAUAGAAAUUGACUCUGCACGAUCAAUUGAAGAAAAGCUACCCCUUAUGGUGCAGUGGUGGACUAAAGCCCAUGAACUUCUGGUUCAGCAGGAGAUUAAGAAGGACCUGCUGGCCAUGGUGGUGCGAGAGUCUGAUGCCAUGCUGAGGGAGGGAUACCAACUCUUCUUUGACCACCUGCAUGAGCACAGCAUCCCUCUGCUCAUCUUCUCUGCGGGGAUCGGAGACAUUUUAGAAGAGGUUAUUCGCCAGGCCGGUGUCUUCCACUCCAAUGUCAAAGUGUUCUCCAACUACAUGGACUUUGAUGAAACUGGAGUAUUGAAGGCUUUUAAGGGAGAGCUGAUUCACAUCUACAACAAAAGGGAAGGAGCGCUGCUCAACACGGGCCACUUCGAGGAGCUGCGGACGCGGCCUAACGUACUGCUAUUGGGAGACUCUCUGGGAGAUCUGACCAUGGCUGAUGGGGUGCAGGACAUGGAAAACAUCCUAAAGAUUGGCUUCCUCAAUGACAAGGUGGAGGAGAGGAAGCAGUCUUACUUGGACUCGUAUGAUAUUGUUUUGGUAAAAGAUGAGACUUUGGAAGUCCCUAAUGCCAUGAUGCUCUACCUCACUGGGAAUAAGUGAACUGGGAAUACCACUGGCCAGUUGGUUUUUGACACUCCAGCGCUGUCAGCUGAAGAGGCCCCCGCUCUGAAGUGUCAGUUGAAGGCUAAUCUUUUUCUUCAUACUCUAUUUUUACAAAACUAUACACCAGUCCAGUUGAAAGUUACCACUCACGUACACCAUGUCACCCUUUAAUAUCUUUGUCCAUCGGCCUCCCUCAUGGCUGGAUGGUGAAACUCAUUUAGUACCAUACUGUGUGUGAUGGAGGCCAGAUUUCCCGCGAAGCAUGUAAGGUUUUUGUGAGGUCAUGAGUGUUUUUAUUUUGUUUUGGGGCGGACGAUGUCGUUGUUUUUUUUUUUUUUUUGUGGUUUUUUUUCAUAAAAGUUUUGGUCUUCUUAGAAGAAGUCAUGAUAAAGGGAACAAAAAAUGCACAACAUGAAUGGCAGCACUUCUCUCCACAUUUACAAUGAAACAGAUGUCCAGCCUCUAACAUAAAGCUUUUUUUACAGUUAAUUUUUAAUCCAAUGAUUUAAAUAAGUGUGUUUUACCGUCAAGUCUUCCUGUUACUGCUCACAUUUUCAAACAUGCUGUGCUGUUUCUUUUUUUGUUUAAGGAAACUGUUUUUUAUAACACCAAGGUUUUGUGUUGGAAUAGGACAACUGUACUAAGAAACAGACUAACUUACCGACAAAAAUAAAAAUGCAAAGCUUU